UAAAAAAAUAAAUAAUUUUUUAGAUUAAUUAUAAAAAUUACAAGAAAAGCUUACAUUUGUAUUGUGUACUUAUAAAAUUGUUAAGGAUGAAAAACAAAGUAAAGAAGAUGAUAUUCAAGAGAAUUCAAAUAGAGAGAAGCGUUAUAAGAAUAAUAUCAAGAAAACGAAAUACAUUCCUUCCGUUAGAAAAUGCAAUCAAGUGCAAAAAAAGAUUAAAAGGAAAUACUUCAGGGUUAUGCUUGCAUCUGAUUCUAAACAAAAAUUCACGUGUGACUUGUGUAAACAGACAUUUAUAAAUAAGGAAAUAUUAGAAGCGCAUCUGUUUUUUCAUGUUGGAAAGAAACCAUUUAGUUGUUCAACCUGCAAUGAGAAGUUUUCGUGGCAAUUUCUUUUACGAAGACACAUGAAAGAACACAAGAAUGGAAAUCAAGUUGGUGUGCAAUCAUCUUCAAAAUAUUGUAAAGGAUCUAAUAUUCAGGGGAAAAUCUGUCAAUCUGAUAUUUCUGAUAAACGCCUUCGAUCAAAGUACCGUUUACAGACAAACAAAAGAAAACACAUACGUCCUCGGUGUAAGAUAUGUAAGAAAGAAUUUAAAUACGAAUCUCGUUUGAGACGUCACGAAAUAACUCAUAGUGAAAACCGUCCUUUCAAAUGCGAUAUUUGUAAUAAGUGUUAUAAAACGAAAACACAUUUAAAAGUUCAUUAUGAACUUCAUACUGAACAAUAUAACUAUUCUUGUGAGAUAUGUAAGAGACGUUUUAAGACUAAACACUAUGUGAGUCAUCAUAAAAGGGUUGUUCAUGACGAUGACUUUAAUCAAUGUGACAUAUGUAAGAAAACAUUUAAAUCAAAACUGACUUUAAAAUUGCAUAGUGUUAUACACAGCGAUGAAUACAAAUAUUCUUGUGAUAUUUGUAACAAACAUUUUAAAACGAAAGCCUCUUUGAGAUACCAUAAGAUUAUUCACAGCGAUAGAAGUAUGUAUGUAUGUGAAAUAUGUAACGCAGGUUUUAAUUAUAAACCAGCAUUUGUCAGACAUCGCUUGAUUGAACAUGAAAAGAUGUUUGUAUGCAAAUAUUGUAAUAAACCAUUCAAAACGGAAAAUAUUAUGAAAGCGCAUUCGAAAAUUCAUAUUAAAAGAUGUAAUGUUUGUAAUAAGAAAUUUAAAAAUAAACGCUGCUUUAUUAAUCAUCAGAAAAGUCAUUUCAUAAAACCGUUUGUUUGCGAGGUAUGUAAAAAGCACUUCUAUAGUAAAAAAAAAUCUCUUAAGGCACGAAGGGAUUCAUGUAAAAAAACGUUAUCCUUGCAUUAAUUGUAAAAUAAGUUUUGAAACUGAAAACAAACUAAAAUGCCAUUUCAAAGUUUGUCGUCUGAACAUAGAUUGGAAGAAACUUCCUUACCAAUGUAAUAUCUGUAAGCAGACUUUCAAUUUAAAAUCCUAUUUCUUGAGGCAUCUGAGUACUUUUAGUGAUAAGAUACAUUUCUGUUGUGACAUUUGUAAGAGAAAGUUUACAACAGAACUGGAAUUUCAAAGUCAUCGAGAGUCUACUCAUCCCACAGAAGGAAAAUAUCAAUGCGAAAUUUGCAAAACAACGUUUAAACAAAAACGUGGUUUAGAAAUUCAUAUGCAGAAGAAUACAGAUUCAAGCGUUAAGAAAUGUGACGUUUGUGACAAAAAAUUCUGUUCAAAUUAUAAUUUAAAAUUUCACGUGCGAAGUCAUCUUGUAGAAUAAUGUUUUGCUUGUGUUGAAAACAAUUUAAAGAUAAUAUACAGUAUAUUUUUAAAUAAUGAAUAUUUUAUUUGGAUUCAUUAAAUAUAUCGUUUCAUACAUUACAUAUAUAACAAGGAGAAAUUUCUCUGUGAAGAAC